AUGCCUGACCCAUCUGUUCCCCAAACCUACGAAAUCAGACCUGACCCUCAGGCUUUAACUGGCAACAAGGAAGAUCCCAGCCAAAACGCAUCUUCUGGAGUCGAUUAUGAACCUCAUCCCGAAAAGAGCAUCAAGCUUGAACCAGAAAGAGAAAAGAUUGUGAAAUCGAUCUGUGCGCUUUACUCUGGUGGUGCGAGCGAGGAGCUCAUGCAGGUCUAUUCUGACAAGGCUGUAUAUGAUGAUCCUUGGUCAUACUGCGAUACCCGCUACAAGAUCGCCGGCCAAUGGUACGGCAUUCCCAAAGUCAUGGCCAAAUCACAAACCCUUAAGACCGAAGUCGUCGACUCGCAACCAGACCGCAUCAUCUUCAAGCUUCAACAAGAAUACACACCCAGAGUCGUCCACUUCACCAAGCCAGUAAACAGUCUGGUUACUCUGACAUUGGACGAACAAGGCAAAGUCAAGUAUCACAAGGACAUGUGGAAUGAGAAGGACUACUCGCAUGAAGGCUUGGGCAAGGUCAUGAAGACUCUGAAUGGUGAUCAUCUGACUAAGAUCACCCAACCGCCAGAGACUUUGUAG